AUGGCUUCAACCAUAACAGACGCGGUCCUCAAGACCGUCAUCGGAGCCGUCGCUGCGACAUCGUUGAAUUCCUCUUCAAACGCGACGACCCCAAGCGUCAACGGCCAGGCCGGUAUUCUCGAGGGAGCCAACCCAACAAAAUACAGCGCCUCGGCCCCCAUCACCUUGUUCAUCAUCCAAGCCGGCAUCGUCAUCAUCUUCUGCCAGCUCCUGGCUUACCCGCUACGAUGGAUCAAUCAACCCAAAGUCAUUGCCGAAGUCAUUGGCGGCAUUCUACUAGGUCCCUCGGUCAUGAUGAGGAUACCCGGUUUUGAAGCUGCCAUCUUCCCCAAAGAAUCCAUGCCCGUCUUCAACAACGUCGCCAACCUCGGCCUCAUCAUCUUCCUUUUCCUCGUCGCCCUCGAAGUCGACAUGCGCAUGUUCACCUCCAACUGGAAAGUCGCCCUCUCCGUCGGUCUAGCCGGCAUGAUCCUCCCCUUCGGCUUGGGAUUCGGCAUUGCCUGGGGUUUAUACCACCAGUUCCACAACGACGGGACUACGGUGCCUAUUAGCUUCGGCGUUUAUGGUCUCUUCAUCGGCACCGCUUUGUCUAUCACUGCGUUCCCUGUGCUGUGCCGUAUUCUGACUGAGCUGAAGUUGCUGAGAAGCAACGUGGGCGUGACGGUGUUGGCGGCGGGGAUUGGGAAUGAUGUUACCGGGUGGAUUUUGCUGGCGCUUUGCGUGGCGUUGGUGAAUAAUAACUCGGGACUGGCGGCGCUGUGGGCGUUGUUGUGUUGCAUUGGGUGGAUUUUGUUUUUGGUGUUUGCGGUGAGACCGCCGUUCAUGUGGUGGGUGAGGAGGACGGGGAGCUUGCAGAAUGGACCGACGCAGGGGGUGGUUGCGUUGACUUUGCUUCUCGUGCUGUUUUCUGCGUUCUUUACGAACAUCAUUGGCAUCCACGCCAUCUUCGGCGCAUUCCUCGUCGGCCUGAUCUGCCCUCACGAGGGUGGUUUCGCCAUCAAGAUGACCGAAAAGAUCGAGGAUCUGAUCUCCGUCCUCUUCCUUCCCCUUUACUUCGCCCUCUCCGGCCUUAGCACCAAUCUUGGUCUCCUUAACGAUGGGAUCACUUGGGGCUACGUGAUCGGAGUGGUUACGUGCGCUUUCGCCGGCAAGAUCAUCGGCGGAACCCUCGCUGCUCGUGCUAACAAGCUCCUCUGGCGCGAGUCUUUCACCAUCGGGUGCCUGAUGAGCUGCAAGGGUCUCGUCGAGCUCAUCGUCUUGAACAUCGGUCUCCAAGCCAAGAUCCUCUCCCAAAGAACCUUCACCAUCUUCGUCGUCAUGGCCCUCGUCACCACCGUCGCCACCACCCCCCUCACCAAAGCCUUGUAUCCCCCAUGGUACCAGCGCAAGGUCGAAAGAUGGCGCCGUGGCGAGAUCGACUGGGACGAGAACCCUCUUGCCCCUUCCGAAUCCGGAUCCAGCGCCUCCGACCCUUCCAAGCCCGUCGGCGACCAAUCCUCGAUUCAACGCAUGCUCGUCUACCUCCGUCUCGACAGCCUACCCUCUCUCUUCGCCUUCAUCACCCUUCUCAGCCCCCAAACCGAAUCGAACACUCCUAAGCCCUCCGAGGUCGAAUCCACCAUCGAAGACACCGGCGAAGGCAGCAAAUCUGUUCCAGUCACCACCACAAUCACCCGCAAGCAAAAACCCCUCGAAGUCCACGGCCUCCGCCUCAUCGAGCUCACAGACCGCACCUCCUCCGUCAUGCAAGUAACCGAAGGCGUAGCCGAAGAGCUCUACUCGUUGCGCGAUCCCGUGAUCAACACCUUCCGCACUUUUUCUUCCCUGUCGCCCGGCAUGUCCAACAACGUCGCCGUCUCCGGUCGCGUAGCAGUGGUUCCCGAGUCUUCUUAUGCCGAAACUUUCACCUCUCAUGCGGCGGAUACGCAAUCGGAGUUUGCCCUGAUUCCGUGGAGCGAGUAUGGUAGUUUGACGGAUUAUGACCAGCCUUUGUCUUUGUCUCUUGCUGGUGCGGGCAAUGAUCGAUUUAAGGGGAACACUCACCUGGAGUUUAUGCAUAAGACCCUGGCUAAGGCGGAGAGGGUUUGUAAUGCGGGUGUUUUUAUUGAUAACGGUUUCGGCGGGUUUGGGCCUCGAUCUUCUCAGUCCCCUCCUGGUGGGCUCACCCGUUCCAAGUCCGGUGUGUCGCUACACUCCCAACAUCGACACACCACGCCCGCAUUGGCGACCUACCCCACCAUCACCGAUCGCACACACCACGUUUUCCUGCCGUUCAUCGGCGGCGCAGAUGAUCGCGUUGCUCUUCGCUUGGUAUUGCAACUCGCGCGCAACGCGAACGUAACUGCCACCAUCGUCCACCUCAAAUAUCAAAACUCCAGCGGUGCCGCUGAUAACGAGGACGCAACCCUGCUAGCGACGCUGCGCGACUCACUCCCCCAGGAAAUUGCCUCCCGCGUGGUAUUCGAAGAGUCCAACUUAACAGAGGGCAAGAAUAACCUGACGGAAACGGUGCUGGGGCUGGCUAAGGUUACUGUUGGGCAAAAGAAGGGGGGAGCGGGUGAUGUGGUGGUUGUUGGACGAAGACAUGGGAAGGUUGAUACUGAAGCGGUUGCUGGUGCUAGUAGUAGUCGGGUGGAUGUUGCUGGUGGGUCAGGGAAUGGUGGUUUGGAUUUGGGCAAGACGGUGGGUGCGGUUGCGGAGGGGUUGGUUAGUAGUGCGGUGAAUGCUAGUGUUUUGGUGGUGCAGGCUGGUGGGAAGAGGAAGUAA